CAGCUCUCGACUAUCGAUCUCCAAGUCUCGUCUCAAUUGCACCUCUUUCCCCUCACAGUCGUUCUGACAAGCCACCGUCGCCAUGGCCCAAAGAGAUGCUCGCUUCAACCAGACUGUCCUGGUGGACACCACGCCCAUGCCCGAUCACAUUCCCAAGGUGGAGGAGAUCGGUGCCACAUCUGCACCCCUGAUGAGUGCAUCCUAUUUCAUUGGAGACCGCUGCAAGGCCUUCAAUGACGACUUCAUGAAGUGCAAGUCCGAGGCCAAUGGCCGCGGGGAGAUCGACUGCUUGAAGGAGGGUCGGAAGGUGACGCGCUGUGCCGCUAGCGUCAUCAAGGACAUCAACACCCACUGCCUCGACCAGUUCAAGGCCCACUGGGAAUGUCUCGAGAACAACAACCACCAGCUUUGGGAGUGCCGCAGGGCCGAGGUGCAGCUUAACAGCUGUGUCUUUGACAAAUUGGGCUUGAAGAAGACCCUCCCUGGUGCUCCCGAGAACCAGGUUCCUGUUCACUUGCGCCCCAAGCAAAAAUACGCACAGUACCCCGGUCCCCAGUGGUAAACACUGUCCCGGUUCACUUUGUCCUCUCUAGACUCGCCCUGAUUGCACCCUCACCCUUCCCUCUCAUAAUCUGGGCACCGUCUUUUUUCUAUAUCACUGUUUUAUUUGGAUGCUCGACCGUAAAUCCGGUCUAUGUUUGUGUAAAUAUCUCUUGGCAUCAUGAAUGGUUACAUGAUUUUCUGC